AUGGUUCGAAGGGACACGAUAGAGUCCUACAUCGGCGACGAUUGGGAUGAGGAUGGCGACGACCAUUCUUCCUUGUCCUUAUUCCACGCCGGAUACAGCAGCUACGACAGUGGCUGGGCUCGCGAAUAUGAGCCAACCAUCGUCCCAGUACCAGCACGAAAACCGUUACCUAAACCAAAGGUUCCAAGCAGAGCGCCGACACUGCUCGUCCCUAACAACGGCGAAGCUCCACAAGACUCCAACCUUGUGACUUGGGACAAGGAUGAUCCAGCAAAUCCGCAUAAUUGGCCUUCACACCGCCGCUGGACAUCGACUGUGCUCAUUGCAAUGUUUGCCUUCAUUGCGCCGAUGGCCUCGACCAUGGUGGCACCGGCGCUGGACACUAUCGCAGAUGACUAUGGGAUCGAAAGUCAAAUCGAGAAGUUCCUGGUGAUGUCCAUCUUUCUGCUAGCUUUUGCGGUUGGCCCUUUCUUAUGGGGUCCAUUAUCCGAAGUGUUUGGCCGAAUUAGGGUUAUGCAAGGCGCCAACCUGAUCUUCCUGAUCUUCAAUACCGCAUGUGGCUUUGCAAAAACCAAGCAGCAAAUGAUGGCCUUUCGAUUUCUCAGUGGGAUAGGAGGAAGUGCACCUCAAGCCAUUGGCGGCGGUAUACUGUCAGACUGCUUCCGAGCCGGAGAGCGUGGCCUUGCGACUGCCAUAUACAGCCUCAUGCCCUUUCUUUCCCCAGCUACGGCACCGAUAAUGGGCGGAUAUCUGACGCAGAAUGCCAGCUGGCGAUGGGUCUUCUGGAUAACCAGUAUCUUUGAUCUCGCAGUGCAGCUGGCUUGCUUUCUGUUGUUACGCGAAACGCACCAUCCGACGAUCCUCAAAAAUAAAGCGAAAGCGUUUAGGCGGGCAACUGGGAAUCCGAAUCUCCACACCAAAUGGCAAGGUCCAGAUCACUCGAUGAGGGAAGAUCUUGAUGAAGGCGCUCCCAUGGCCCUUUUCCGUGGUUAUCAGUACGGUCUCAUGUACCUGGUGUUUGCGACAUUUCCAAUGGUGUUCGAGGAAGCAUAUGACAUGGACGUUGGCCCAGCAAGCUUGAAUUACCUGUCUCUUGGCGUCGGCUUCAUUGUAGGACUCCAGAUAUCCGGUCUGAUGCAGGACAAGGUGUAUACCUACUGCAAAGAGCACGAAGUUGAUCCGUCUUCGCUACGCAACACGUUCCAGGCCUGGAAAGCGUAUCGACACGGCGCAGCCAAGACCGACAAAGGUAGCCUCUUGCCCAUGUCGAACAGCACGCCUCCACCACCCUUUGUAGUGGCUAGAAAGCCUCUGCCAGGACGGAGCCCGACCAUCAAGAGCAUCAAACGUCGUGGUACUGGGAAGUCCAUGAAAGAUCCCACGAAAGGCCUCCCAGAAUACCGGUUGCCACUGGUACUACCGUUUUCGUUGCUGAUACCUAUUGGCAUCUUCAUAUACGGAUGGACCGCACAUUACAAGGUCCACUGGGUAGCUCCUAAUAUCGGAGCUGCAAUCUUGGCCAUGGGUCUGAUUGUGUGCUUCAACUGUGCCCAAGGGUAUGUGGUAGACACUUAUACAACGUAUGCUGCAAGUGCGACAGGAGCAGCAGCAUUUGUGAGGACCAUGUGUGGUUUUUCCUUUCCCUUGUUCGCACCUGCGAUGUACGACCACUUUGGUAUCGGCUGGGGCAAUUCGUUGCUCGGCUUCAUUGCGUUAAGUCUGGGUAUGGUGGCGCCUGUCCUGUUAUGGAGGUACGGGAUGUGGUUGAGGAGCAACAGCACUUACUGCACUGAUUAA